AAAAAAAAUAAUUAGAUUUUAGAGUUGAAACUACAAAUAUUAGUUAAUUAAUUAAUUAGUAAGAUAGCCUUGAGUUAUAAAUUAGUAAAUAUGGAGAGAGAAGAUGAUGUGUUUGAUUACAAACUUAUGAAAAAAGAAUUAAAGCAAGCGAUGAGAGAAUAAAAGAAAGAAUUAAAAGAAAGCUCUAAAAUUAUGAAAGAUUAGAUGAAAUAAAAUGCUAAAUAAUUGAAGCAAGAGUUAAAAUAAAAUAAGAAAAAUAUGCUAAAUUCUUAGGAAUAAUUUAUUGAUAGUUAACAUAACUUUUAAUAUCAGAUGAUGUAAGAUUAGUAAUAGCUUUAAUAAUAAAUAUUAUUUAAUUAAUAAUAAAUGCACAUGUAAAUGGUUCAAGAAUAGUAACAAAUGGCAUAAUAUAUUCCAUAAAACCUUCAAAAUUCAUUUUAGUAUCAAUAUAAUUAGUAAAAUAGACAGUUUCCUAGUAAUAAUUAGUAUUAAAAUUUUAAUUAUCCUCCAAAUAACUAUAAUUAAAAUUUUUAUCAAGGAAACUAGCAAAAUUUUUAAUAAACUCAGGUUUAAAAUGAUGUAAAUAGAAAAGCCCAUGGUAAUAAAGAGAAUAAUAGAAAAAGUAAUUUAAAAAUAAUCUAAUCUAACACACAAUAACUAUUUGAAGACAUAUUUAAUAAUGAUAAACAAAAGGUAUAAUUAUGUAUUUAGAAUUAAGAUUAGCUGGCAGCUACUCUCAGAAAAGACAAAAAUGGUUGCUUAAAACAAUUGUAUAAAAAGGAAUAUUAAAAACAAAUAGAGUAUUUAAAGUAAAAUGGAUUUGGAAAUACUUCGAAAAUUAUAGUUUUAUUAAAAGAAGAAAAUGGGAAUGAGGAAAUUGUUUUACGUAAGCUCAUAAAAGAAACUAUUUAAAAAUAGUUAUAAAGGUAAAUGUACCAAAACGAAAUUAAUAUCAUAUAAAAGAACUAUAAACACAAAAUUUGUAAACAUUUAAUUAUAAAACACCUGAAAGAAGCUGAUGGAGAUGUGUAAAAAGCACUUUUACUAAUUAAUCUAAAUAAAUAAACAUGCUUAAAUGAUUAAUAAGUUUUUAAAGAGUAGCUUUAGACUUUAGCUUUAGAAGGAUGGUUAAGUUCUGCAACAUUAAAAAAAAUAAUAUAAAUUUUAAAGAAAAACAGUGGUGAUCUUGAUAAAUCUCGUUUUGAAAUACAAUUAUUAUGUCAUCACAAAAUAAAACAGAUCACAUAUUCAGAAAUAUAAUCUUUGAAUGAUUUUAAUAUUACAGAGAAUUUUAAUGAAAAAUUUACUGAUGUUGUUAUAGAUGGCAACAAUUUGCUUUUUAUGAACUCUAGUAUAAGGAAAAAUUGUAUAAAUAAGCAAAGAGCAAUUGCUGAAUAAAAAAUAUUCUAAUUAUCUUUUCAUCUUAAAGAAAUUCUAGGAUUGAGAACACUGAUUCUAAUUUUUGAUUAAAUGCAUACUAAGAUAUGUGAUAGUAAAAUUUAAGUAAUUAAUUGUAAAAAUACUCAGUUUAAAAGCUCAGAUGAUUUUAUUGUGGAUCAUGUUAUGUGUUUAAACGAUAAUUAAGCUAGAUCUUCUCUAAUAAUAACAAGUGAUAAUGAACUUACUUAUAGAAUAUUUACAUCUAAUAGAAAUAUUUCUGUGAUGAAGGGUAAGACAUUUUUUGAAUAAAUAGAAUAGCUAAUUUCCUAGCAAAUAUUUAAUGACAUUGUUACAAAUGAUUAAAUCUGA